AUGUUAGCGGCUCGAAACACACGGCGGUCCAUCCUGGGCACCGUGUCUCAGGCCGCUCCUCGACCACAAUGGCGCCUCCCCGUCUUCGUGUGCCCCCAAUGCCGGAGCAAAGCCGCCAGCACAAAAGCUGCCGGCACCAAAGGCACAUCUACCAAGACGACUGCUCCGAGGACCACGUCUACCAAGACCAAGACGGCCGACACGAAGACAACCGCCGCCAAAGCAACCAAGUCCAACCAGCUUAGCAAACAGAAGCUGCAGACAACAUCGCCCCUGGCCGAGCAGCUGGGCGCCACAGGAAUCUGGCACUAUGGCCGAUGGGCGAGAAAGACAGAGGGCACGGACGCGGCCGAGACGAAUGCAAAGACUGCCUCGACGAGUCCAAGAACCAAAAAGGUCAAAGGCGACAAGCAUCGCGUCAACAUUGUCAGCGAGCCACUGUGCAAAGACAUUGUGAAAUACAUGUCCAAGUCCCUUCGUCCGCGCCACACCGGCUGCGACAUCAUCGACAUUUACCCCGGCGCCGGCCUCUGGAGCAAGGCACUGCACAAGGCCCUCAAGCCACGGUCGCACAUCCUGCUGGAGCCGGACGCCGCGCUCUACACGCCCUUCCUGCAGCCGCUGCUCGACAAGCCCAACGUCACGCUCGUCCCCAAAUCCGGCAUCAUCUGGCGCGAGCUCAGCAACGUCUUGACGCCCGAAUACCUGCCGCACCAGACGCCCGUAGCCAACCUCGCCGACCCACCGCAGCGCAACGACACGCUGCUCGUCACGGCCAACCUGGCGUUUUUCCCCAAGCGCCGCUUCAGCAUGUUCGAGUCGCUGACGCAGCUGGUCCUCUACCAGUUCAUCAACAGCAUCCGGGCGUCGUCGCUCUUCCACAAGUACGGGCUCGUGCGCAUGCUCGUGUGGGUCGAGAGCAGCGACCGGCACGCGCUGCUGGCCCGGUCGGUGCAGCGCCGCCGGCGGCUGGCCGUGGACGGCGAGCUCGCCACGGAGUGGAUCACCGAGGUGGCGGGCCCGCAGGACGCCUCGUCCUGGUUUGUGCGCGACACCAAGCUGGACGUGGCCAGCUCGCGCGGGGCCCUGGCGCGCAUGCGCGCGGCGGGCGUCAAGAUGCCCGCGACCCGUGAGCCCGACCACGUGGCCGCGCUGCGCCGCGGACGCAGCGGGCCCAAGCCAAAGAUCACCCCCAGAGACCCGGCCGACCUCGAUGCACCGCCCGUGUUCCCCCGGCCGUUCCACGGCGAGCAAAAGGACCUCGAGGCCCGGUUCGCGGCCGGCGACUUUGCGCCCAAGUCGGCCGAGCACCGCCGCAUGCUGCAGCUGCAGUACCGCGGCAACCGCGAGGCCAAGGUGGCCGAGGCCGUGCACGCCCUGCUGCAGAGACGCGACGCCCUCGCCGACGAGCACGACGUCCACGCCACGCGGACGCACAACAUUCGGCGGCGCGAAAACCAGUGGAACGCCGAGAUCGACGCUCUCGCCGGCUCGGACCGACAAGACUUUGCCUUGUACAGGGACAACCUGCAUGUCUUCCGCCAGGACCCGCCCGUGCUGUCGUGGGAUCGGCGGACGCUCGAGCCGCUGUUGGUGCGCGACGACGAGUUCUUUCCCAAUACGCCGUGCUCGCUGCUGGACAUUCAGCCAAAGGCGAUGCAUCCUCUGCUGCGGACAGUUUCCAAGGGGGCAGCGGCGGCGGCGGCAGUAACGGAGUCGGCUGCCACUGAGUCAUCAACAACACCCACUUCUACACCCCCGUCGACACCCACGCACGACCUCGGCCACUCGGGCGACAUUUUUGAACUCAUCCUCCGCGGCAUGCUGUCUGUCGGCGCGGAGCCCGUCCGCAAGGCCAUCGAGUUCGUCUGGCCCGGCGCUGCGGACGGUGUGCUGCCCCACUGCCCGAGCCUCGUCGACCGUCGUCGCGGUGGUGUGCCCGUCGGCGGGCCCUACGGCGAGCUGUCGGCGCGGUCGCUCAACGAAACUCAGUGGGUCGAGAUUCUGGAUGCGUGGAUGCGUUGGCCGUUCCGCCCGACGCUGCCCCAGCUCGUGGCGCGCAUCAGCGAAGAUGCCGCCGAGGUAGAUGACGACGAAGGCAUGGACUAG